CCGUUAAGUGAGGAUUUUAAGCACUCUCAAGUGAUCGUCGCGAGACACAGCAUCUUUGAUCUCACUAAAAUGAGCUAGCGAGGAACAAUCAUAUUAUUGUCUUAGCUCUUACACCUAGAGCAAUAUGGGCGUCCCGGUGGACAUCGAAAAUGUUAGACCUGAUGGUUGGGGAGUUCGGCAUACUCAGACCUUUCUACUCUUCAUGGCCAUGUUUUUGGCAUUCACCAUGCGAGCCAAUAUGAGCAUGGCCAUUGUCGACAUGAGCAACGUCAUUUCGACCAAUGCCAACACAACUACUACUAAUUCAACCAACGUCAAUACAACCAAUGCAGAAUAUACCAAUAUGACCAACAUGGACAUGGCCAGUGACAAUAUGAUUAACACUGACAUAGACAAUGUCACAAUUACUAACAUCAAGAUCAACAAUGGAGUACACUUCAACUGGAGUCUCCAGCAGCAGUCAAUGAUCCUCUCCUCCUUCUUCUGGGGCUACGUGGUGCUGCAGAUACCUGGCGGCGAGCUGGCCAAGAGAUUUGGCGGGAAAAUCCUCAUCACCAUAUCCAUUGCGGUCAACUCCCUCAUAUCUCUGCUCUUACCUAUUAGUGCUAAAAUCGGUGAUUGGAAGUUCGUGAUCUUCUGGCGGGUGCUGCAAGGCCUCACGCAAGCGUUCAUGUACCCCUCCAUGCACCACCUGGUCAGUCAGUGGAUACCGCUGGAGGAGAAGGGCCGACUGAGCACUAUCAUUUAUGCAGGUGGUCAGCUAGGUAUAGCCUCUCAGCUCAUAGCCUCGGGGUUCAUAGCCAACGCGUGGGGCUGGCAGGCCAUCUUCUACACCAACGGAGCCCUAGGCCUCCUCUGGACGGCCGCCUACUUGUUUCUCGGAUCACAGUCCCCAGAAAACUCCAAACUGAUCUCUAAAGAGGAACUGGCUUACAUCCAAACCUCGCUGGGAAGAGUUGGGAAGCAGAAGAAAUAUCCAACCCCUUUUAAAAAGAUUGCCCUAUGUUUGCCCUUCUGGGCGGCGGUCGUCGCGCACUGCGGGCAGAACUGGGGUUUCUUCACACUGAUGACGGAGAUGCCCACCUACAUGUCUGACGUCCUCCAUUUUAAUUUGGCUAAGAAUGGGAUGCUGUCGUCUUUGCCGUACUUGGCCAUGUUCCUGCUCAGCUUCCCCAUGGGAUCCAUGACAGAUCUCAUCAUCAGGCGGAAUUGGCUGAGCGUCUCCAACACCAGGAAACUAUUCAAUUCCAUCGGUCUGUGGGGCCCAGCGUUGGCGUUGGUCGGCCUGUCGUUGGCACCAGCCAGGAUCUACUGGCUGGCGGUGGUGAUGCUGGUUAUAAGUGUCGGCAUCAACGCUGGACAGUAUACUGGGUUCAUGUUGUCAUCCAUCGACAUGGCGCCCAACUUCAGCUCGAGCCUGAUGGGCAUCUCCAACUUUGUCGCGAACAUCGUAUCCAUCAUCGCGCCCAUCGUGUGCGGGUUUAUUGUCCAUGACAAAACAAAUGCAGCGGAGUGGCACAAGGUGUUCUACUUAGCAUCAGGGAUAUACUUCUUCACGAACCUGUUCUUCAUCCUCUUCGCCACAUCCACGAGGCAAUCCUGGAACGAGCCUGACCUUGAUACUGAUAUUGAAAUAAAAGUCCGACAGAAGUCCAACAGCGCACACUGAGUGAAGUUACCGAGCAUACGUUUUAUUUAUUUUUGUACCUGAGACUAAAUUUGCAUAACUGUAAAUAAAUACCUAUAAAUAUA